AUGAACAUGGCUGACGCUCGCCUGCUGGAGGAGCUCGAAAAGUUCGCUAUGCGGCCGGAUAUCAUAAUCAUGGGCGACUUUAACGCGCCCCAUAUUGACUGGAGCUCAACCCAUGCAAAUAGCUCAGAACAGACCUUCGAUAGGAGUUUUCUGAACACGGCAUUGAAGCUAUUUCUCACUCAACACGUCAUGUUACCAACUAGAGUACGCGAAGGCCAACAAGCCAACUGCCUUGAUUUGGUCCUUACGAAGUCACAGCACAGCAUUGAUGAGGUGUCAUGCCUACCCCCCUUAGGUAAAAGUGACCACGUCGUUCUUCUCUGGGAUUACUCGCUUUUUUCCAUGCCCAAGAAACCCAGGACAGUUAGAAGAAACCUUUGGCGCGGGAAUUUCGACCAAAUGAGGGCGAAAGCUGAUCACCUUUCAGAAUUUUUUCGGUCUGUUUUUAGUAGCGAAACAGGAUUCAACCCUUCGACCCCUCAAUCCUUCGAGGACACCCCAAUUAUAGAGACCGUACAGUUCACUGAGGGUAUGGUUCUGACGGAGUUGCUGAGGCUAAAGGAAUCCAAAUCAUCAGGUCCCGAUGAGAUUCCGGCGAAGAUUUUGAAUCAACUCGCCGGUGAGUUGUCGAAUUCACUCUCCUUGCUUUUCCAUACAUCCUUCGAGACCGGAUAUCUGCCACCCGACUGGAAGUCGGCGUGGAUUACGCCGCUGUACAAGGGCGGAAGUCGGGUCUCUGCGAACAAUUACAGACCGGUCAGUCUCACCUCCAUUUGCUGUAAGAUUAUGGAGAAGAUAAUAAAGCAACAACUAAUGCAGUUCCUUGAACAAAACCAUUUGCCUUCCGAUUCUCAGCAUGGAUUCCGAAAAGGCAGAUCCUGUGUGACAAACCUGCUCUACUGUCUAGAACACUGGACUAGGGCUGUUGAUAGAGGAGAUAUGGUGCAUGCCAUCAAUAUCGACUUUAAAAAGGCCUUCGAUAGUGUGCCUCACCACCGCCUUCUAUACAAACUUAGCCGUGCAGGGGUGCGGGGUAAGCUUCUGAUGUGGAUUCGGAGCUUUUUAAUCGGCCGCUCUCAAGCCGUCCACAUCGGUGACCAACAAUCUGCCGAGGUUGCCGUUAAGAAUGGUGUUCCCCAAGGCUCUGUUCUUGGCCCUACGCUGUUCCUCGUAUACGUCAAUGACUGCGCAAACGAACUGAAUUGUGAUGUCGCAAUGUUUGCCGAUGACAUAAAGAUCUGGAGUACCAUACGAAGCGAAGCUGACGAGGCGCGACUGCAGACAAAUCUGGACCACCUCCAGCAAUGGUCGAAAGACUGGCUUCUACCGUUCAACGUAAACAAGUGUACUUUCCUACGCGUCGGCCAAACCAGUUCUCCUAACCACACGAUCUACCGUCUGACUGGCAAACCACUGCAAGAAGUCGACGCCCAGAAGGACUUGGGUGUAUGGAUCACAACCUCACUUAAGCCUUCGCUGCAAUGUUCAAAGGUGGCCAAGUCGGCGAUGUCCAUACUAUACCUUGUCAAACGGGCGUUCUCCUCCUUUAAUGAAGACUGCUUCGCCAAGGUCUUUCAAACUUUUGUGCGACCGCAUCUGGAGUUUGCUAUCCAAGCAUGGCGAUCCUGGACCGCUAAGGACUUGGGCAUACUCGAAAAAGUUCAACGGCGAGCAACGAAACUUGUAUCUGGUCAGUGGUCACUACCAUACGAAACGCGAUUAGCUAAUCUUGACCACUUUCCUUUGAGUUACAGGCAGCUACGUGUGGACCUGAUACAAGCUUUCCGCAUCGUGCGCAAUCAGGGCUGCUGCCUCGCGUUUGGAGACUUCUUCGAGUUGGCGACUACGACUAACCUGAGAGGCCAUCCAGUCAAACUGCGUGUGGCUGGUGCCCGGCUAGACACCCGAAAGUUCUUCUUCUCCAACAGAGUGGUUGCAGUCUGGAAUGCCUUGCCUGAGGCUGUUGUUAUGUCUGGCUCGGUAGAUACUUUUAAAUGGAGACUAGAUCAGCAUUGUAGCGCGCACCAGAAUAAUGCCGGACUACGGCAACCUUGA